AUGAGUACUGAGCAAGCCAAGGAGCACUAUGGAGCCAAUCCAAAGUUUAAACUUCGACCACCUGCACCUACAGGUUACAAGACCAUGCAUAUGGACCGUCAUAGAGGAAUCUUCGACGAGGCUGGAUGGACAGACGAUACGGACCAGUCCUUACUGAUCCUCAUGUCUUUUCUUCACAAUGGAGGGAACCAAAAUGGUAUCGAUCACCUUGAUUUCGCCGCCAGGUUGAAGUUCUGGGUUCAGUAUGGAUUUAGGCCUCUCAACCGACUUCCACUGGGGCUCGGAAGGACUGUAGGCUCGGUAGUGAGGAGCGAGAAAUAUUUGGACGAUCCCGUGGCUAGAUCAACAGAGGUGUGGGAGAAUGGUGGUCGAGUGAUGGCAGCAAACGGAGCACUUAUGCGAACACCUGUAAUUGGGGUAUUGCUUUAUAAAAACCAGGAUGCCUUGUAUUCAGCGGCCAUCAACGUCGCUGCGACCACUCAUGCCGAUCCUCGAUGCAUGGCUUCAUGUACCGUCGCAUCUGCCUUGGUUGCCGCGACAAUUCGGGAUGAAAUACAUAAUGAAGACGACAUCCGUAGAGUUGUUGAACUUGCUCUCGAACCUGUGAAGAAACACGAUCCACCGAUCUCAGAUGAACACAUAAGGGAGCUUCAGGAGAUCAUUUGGAAGGACACUCUAGAAGAAAUGGAUUUGGAUGAUCGAAGUGCCAUUGGAUAUACUCUAAAAUGCCUGGCAGCCGGGGUCUGGGGUUUGCGCCAAGGAGUCAAAGUGCUAGAAGAAGGCUCUUUGAAUAGCUCCAUCCUUCGCCAGCAGUUCGAGAAGGUCAUUACGGACUUGACAAUGGCUGCUGGAGAUGCUGAUACAAACGCUGCUGUAGCAGGUUCCUUAGUAGGAACAUUGUUUGGAUACUCAAAUCUACCAUCCGAAUGGACACAAGACCUCAAGGAUUGCAACUGGUUGGUGUCCAAAGCGGAUGCCGCCACAUACCUGGUCACUCAGCAAGGGACACCAUACACACCGGAUAAUGACCCAGAUAAUCUUAUUGACGGUGGAAAAGGGGAAAUGCCCAGAGAAGAGCUCGACUCAAAGUGGAUGGCUCAAAUGGAAACUAUGCACAGACGGACCGGUGAUUUUGAAAAGUUUGAAGAGCUAAAAAAGAAGGGAAAUAAGCAAUCUGACCAAUCCCCGUGCAGGGUUGUCCGUCACGGAUCCUUGCCAGCGAUCAUGUCCGACGAGCAGCAAGUUUCCGCAGAGGUCAAGAAAUCUCGCCGUCAAACGGCAUUUUAUCCAGUGGUCACUCAGACUUCGAAUACGAAACCUUUCUCGAAAAGCGCUGCCAAGCGGGAGAGUGUUCUGGCUCUUGGUUCAAUAGAGCACCUCCAGUAUUACUUUACCAAGGCCGGAUUAGCUGCUAAGCAAAGGCCGGAGUUCAAGGCCAAAGGCUUGGUGCCUGCCAUCGGUGGUGGUCAUUUGCGAACACCUUCUGCGCUUAAUGGAAUCCCUGAAUUGCGAUUUGAACUACCACCAACACCUGUAGUGCCACAAGCUACUGGACAACCAUUCGCAAAUCCCGUCAAGAGUUAUACGGACCCUGAAGAGCUACUUCCUGCAUUAGUCGGAGAUCUCGAGAGAGUCUCGUCCUUGUGGGGGUUGGGAUCAGCAGAACAACGGCGAGCUAGUUCAUCGCCUAAUGGCCGUCCUGCGAGUGGCGAUCAAUCAGCAUCAGCAGCUGCCUUGACCAACCAUGAAACAUUUGACGUUCUACUGGUUCUCCAGUCAACGAUAAAUGCCAUAAAAUCGGUCCGGAAUUAUCUCGUAGCUCUUCCCGAUGAUACGGAUACGACGCUCAACGUCCCGACAUUUCGUCCUCAAACGAUGUCCCGGCUACCUAAUCCGGUUGCUAAGCCGUCACGUCGCAAAGAAGGUUCUCGCGAACUUCUCAGUCUAAUACGGCGUUCGGCCUUGAAUGUGCUUACAGCCUUGCAGGAGAUUGAGGAGAAAUACAGGCUGCCCAUGACAGAGGAUCCGUUCGAUGGAACUUCAGAUCAAGGAUCGGGAUCAACGAGGUCCACCCUUUCUCCUCAUGCUACUUCAGGAGAGGAUGAUGCUUCUUCCACGGCAUCCUUCAACUUCUCAACACUCAUUAUUCCAGGGCGAAACAAAACUAUAACAGUUUGGGAGGAUGAAGAGGAAGACGUCUUCAACGAUGAGUCCGAGACAGAAAGGAAGGAACGGUGGGACGAAAAGCUGGUGUUAGGUGGCGGAUGGCUCUACCGAAGCGACGUUUCACUAUCUGAAGUGGAAACUGCUCGUCAAUUGGUUGCAGAAUACCUUGACAAAGUGGAUUCUGUAGUAUUCUCUGGGAACAAUGUGGAAGAAGAAAGAGGUUGGACUCGAACCCUCCACAAGCUCAGAAAUAAUCGUCGUUCAUCCAGCAGGAGUAGCAGCGGCAGGCAGUCUCCCGACUUGAAUCCCAAUAACACCUCUGAGCGUCGUCCUCGCUCUGGCCUUAUUGAAAAUAUGCAACAUAUGACAAUACAAGAGGAUACCCUACUGGAAGAACCUUCCUCACCAAAUGAAGUUGACGACGAAUAUCUCCCCAAUUGGGCGAAACGAACGGAGUUUGUGGACGAUCCAUUAGGUCGAGCACUGGCUCUCCUCGUCACACUCUUGCCCGUCGAGCUUUUACAUCUCUUACCUCCGCCUUCUGAGCCACUUACCAGUACCAACCUCAUGAACUCCCUAUCUUCCGGACAAUUAUUAUGUGUGGCAUAUAACACAGGUGUACGAAAAUCGAGAAAACCUUGGGGCUAUAUCAACACUGCCGCUAUCCAUGAUGUUGCUGCUCUUGAAGGUGCUAGUCCUCAGAAUGGGGACAAAGAGGGUGAGAAAGGUGGCAAACCCCAAGUGUGGACAUUUCGACGGACAGAAAACCUGAGACUAUGGGCCGCGGCACUCAAACUCCGAUAUUUGAUACCCCUAGUGACCCCGUCACAACUCCUUGGAGGUAACAACAGUAACAGUCGUGCAAAUACGCCGGCCACCUCUCCUACUCAUACCAACUUCUCUCUCGGCCAAGUGGGUGGCCCAAACUUAUUCGAUCCUGGAAUCGUUGCAAGACGCGAACAAUUGUGGGAAGAAAUGUUGCACGAUGCUGUUCUAUUAUGGAUGGAUGCUGUAGUAAAGGAAAAGAGGGAGGAUGUCUGA